AUGGUGACACGUCGAAUUGUUCGAUCCGGCGUCCAACUGGGCUUGCUGGUUCUCAUCAUCCUGUUUACCAUCUUAAUCCUCGACAACGAGCUAGGGUUCUUGCCCGCCUCAAUCCACGACCGCCUCCCUACUCAUCACCCGGGGCUUGUUAUUACAGAUGUUACUGUCGCAACAUGCUCGACCCUGAACAUAUUUUCCAGCUGUACUCUCGAUCCGCAGAUAUGGCAUCGAGUCGAGAAGGACCUUUACCUGGGGCAGGGUUGGACGUCGAGAGCUUAUUUGCAUAUGCAAAGGAAAAAAGAGGAGGAUCUUCUUCCAACCGAUUUGGUUGUAGUUGACCUAAGAAUGGGGCGACUUGACCCUGGCGCUGGAAAAGAUUCGAAGUGGGAGUCAAGACCUGCGGGUAUCUGGCUUCUGAGAGUCGGUCGAAGCAAUUCUGGAGACCCCCAAAAGGUCAUUACCUCGUUGGAUGUGCUUUUUGGUCCCGAUGCUGCAGAUCCUCGUCCCGGCUGGGAAGUGAAGGAUACGCCACUUUUGCUGGAUACCAAGAGUGAAGCACGUUUGACCAUUAGAAGGGGACAAGCUGCCAAGGUUGAACGACCAGCUCCGAGAAUUCGAAAAGAUGGGAAAUUCAAGAUAAUGCAGGUUUCAGAUCUCCAUAUAAGCACAGGGCUUGGAAAUUGCCGGGACCCUGUCCCACCAUUGCCCGACGAAAGCAAAUGUGAAGCGGAUCCUCGUUCCCUGGAGUUCCUUGAUAGGUUGCUCGAGGAAGAAAAGCCCGACUUGGUUGUGUUAUCUGGAGACCAAGUUAAUGGCGAGACAGCGCCCGACACGGAGACAGCGAUAUAUAAAUAUGCGGACAUUUUCAUCAAGUACCGUGUCCCGUUCGCCGUUAUAUUUGGAAAUCACGAUGACGAGGGUAGUCUAGAUCGAUCACAGUCUAUGGCUGUCAUCCAGCAGUUGCCAUACUCCUUGUCUGAGCCUGGACCUGUCGAUGUUGAUGGCGUGGGCAACUAUAUUGUUGAAGUUCUCGACCGUACUUCAUCACACUCAGCUCUAACACUUUAUCUUUUGGACACUCAUAGUUACUCUCCGGAUGAGCGCCAAUUCCGUGGAUAUGAUUGGCUAAAGCACAGCCAGAUCGAGUGGUUCAAAUCCACCUCCCGAAGACUUCAGAAAUCCCACCGUGAAUACACUCAUAUCCAUAUGAACCUAGCGUUCAUUCACAUCCCACUCCCAGAAUACCGAAACUCAAAGAACUAUUACCAAGGCAACUGGAUAGAAGCACCAACAGCUCCACUAUUUAAUUCGGGCUUUAAGGAUGCACUAGUUAGUGAGAAUGUUGUUGUUGUAGGCUGUGGACACGACCAUGUGAACGACUACUGUAUGCUAGAGAAUAAUGCUAAUUCACAUCCAUCGCUGUGGAUGUGCUAUGCCGGUGGCUCCGGCUUUGGCGGGUAUGGUGGAUACGGCGGUUACAUCCGCCGAGUUCGAUUCUUCGACAUCGAUAUGAACUCUGCUCGAAUAAUGACCUAUAAGCGACUUGAAUCUGGUGACACAAAGUCCAGAAUUGACGAGAUGAUGAUUGUUGACGGUGGUAAAGUCGUCAAAUCAUGA